AAACACUAAAUAAUGCACACGUCUAGUCCACUUACCCCGCCCACCACAUGCACAACGGAGGAGAACUAGCUACCCUGUACUGUAAUCAAGAGAUGGACACUGCUGUGAAAUCCGAGGUGAAAUCAACUGCUUCUGCUGGUAUUGAGAGUUGCAAAAGUGAACUGAGUGCUUUGAGUGAUGAGAUAUGGAGGAAUCCUGAGCUGGGAUUCAAUGAACACAAAGCACACGAACUCCUCACAAACUUCCUCGAGAAGAAAGGUUUCACUGUGGAACGCUCCUACACUGGUAUUGAGACAGCUUUCAGGGCUACCUUUGGCUCUGGGAGACCCAAUGUGUGUGUGAUCUGUGAGUACGAUGCUCUGCCUGAAAUCGGUCAUGCAUGUGGACACAACCUCAUAGCAGAGGCUGGAGUUGCCGCUGGUUUGGGUUUGAAAGCUGUUCUGGAAUCAAAGGAAAUGAAAGGAACCGUCACCAUAAUGGGCACUCCAGAUGAAGAAUCUAAAGGUGGAAAAGUCUAUCUGAUUGAGAAGGGUGCGUUUGAGAAUAUUGAUCUAGCUAUGAUGGUUCAUCCGGCUCCGGUUAAUGAGUUGAAAAUGGCUGCAUUGGCAUGUGUUGAUUGGAAGAUUACCUACACCGGCAAGGCGGCCCAUGCUGCUGCGUUUCCCUGGGAGGGAGUGAACGCACUGGAUGCAGCUGUGAUGGCCUACACCUCCAUCUCUGCCCUCAGACAGCAAAUGAAGCCAACUUGCCGAGUUCAUGGAAUAAUCAGUAAUGGCGGUGCAAAACCCAACAUCAUACCAGAAAAAACUGAACUGAUGUACAUGAUACGGGGUUACAAGAGGACGGAAACAUUAGAUUUAUGCGCUCGUGUCAGGGAUUGCUUUGAUUCAGCUGCAAUUGCUACAGGCUGUCAAGUGAAAAUCGAGGAAGAUAGCAAGUUCUUUGAGGACAUGAACAGCAACGAUACUUUGGCAAAACUGUUUCUAAAAAAUAUUGAAGAGCUUGGUGUAUUAAAUAUGGUAGAGUCUACUGGUGAACUCGGUUCUACAGACAUGGGUAAUGUUUCAUAUAUCGUACCCUCAAUUCAUCCUUGCUAUGCUAUCGGCUCUGGGGAAGUGAAUCACACUCGAGAAUUCACUGCCGUGACCAACACCCCUGAGGCGCACACAGCUACUCUGACUGCUGCCAAGGCCAUGGCUCACACAUGCAUCGAUGUGCUCACUACUGAUGGAUUGUUGGAGAAAAUAAAAGAAGACUUUAAGACUCAGUAAAUAAAAUUUGGGGGCAGAAAUCAAAGAUAAUUAAUAUGUGUAUGCAUUUGUCA